UAUCCCUCUUUCCCUCCAUACAAAACUCUCAACUUUCGAAAUCCAAGCUCGUCUUCCUCUCCGAUCACCACCCCUCCGCUACUGCUCGCCGCCGCCAUGGCCGCCGUCGUGUUUUCGUUAACUCCGGCGAAGCUUUGUAGCCUUGCUUCCUCUUCCUCUUUAUUGCCCGUGAAGCAUUUCUCCUUCCGGAGCCGGAUUCGUUGCUCCGCUGAGACGGAGCCGGAAUCCUCUUCUCAGGAGAACAUCGCUACCACCGCUUCUUCGCCGCCGUCUGCCACUUCUGAGACGGCUGUGGAGUCGUCGAAGCUCCCUCAUUCACUCAUCUCCGUCGCCAAUGUCCAGAAAGCCCUCAGAGGGAUCGCCAUCACGGAUGUGGAUCAUUAUGGGAAGCUUGGAAUACCUAGGGGUGCUUCUGAUGAUGAGGUUAAUGCAGCCUAUAAAGAGAAACGGGAAGAGCUAAUGAAUCAAGGUCUAGAAGAAGAGCAACUUAACAAAGAGCUAGAGCUCCUGAAGGAGUCAUACAUGAUACUCUCAUCGGAGGAUGAGAGAAGGUUGUAUGACUGGAGUUUGGCUAGGAGUGACAGACCUGAGAGAUACACCUGGCCUUUUGAAGCUGACAUAACGCAAACGCCAAAGGAAACUCCUCCUCCUCGAGAACCCGAAGAUGUGGGCCCAACAAGGAUUGUAGGUUAUUUCUUCUUAGCCUGGCUUAUAUUGUCUGUUGUAUUGUCUGUGUCCCUCAACAGGUGAUAAAAUUAUUUGUAUCAUGUGCAAGGUAGAAUGGUGCUCUCAUUUUAUCAUUUUCUAUUUAGUCAUUCAUCAUUUUCUUCUUUCUACUUGUAUAUGUGAUUGGUCAUAAAGUUUGGACAGUUGUAAAGCUAAGAUAUGAAAAAAAAGCAAUUGUGAGAGUCACACAUGAUUUGAUACCUCUUAUAAAUA